CCCAACUCCUGUGGCCACCACUGCCACCACCACUGUGACCCCACCUGCCACAACUCAGGGGACAUCUGCCUCGUCCACAGUCCAAGCCGUCACCACAACUGUGACCUCUGUAUCGGCCAUCACUUCUGCAUCCCCAACUCCUGUGGCCACUACUUCCACCACCACCAUGAACUCACCUGCCACGACUCAGGGAAACUCUGCCUCGACCACUGUCCCAGCCAGCACCACCGCUGUGACCUCCGUCUCCGACACUACUUCUGUUUCGCCAGCUCCUAUGGCCACGACUGCCAUUAGCACUGUGACCUCAACGGUCACAAUUCAGGGGACCUCUGCUAGGACCACUGUCCCACCCAGUACCAUGGCUGUGACCUCUGCCUCCACCACCACUACUGCUUCCCCAGCUCCUGUAGCCACCACUGCCACCACCACUGUGACCCCAACUGCCACAACUCAGGGGACAUCUGCCUCGUCCACAGUCCAAGUCGUCACCACCACUGUGACCUCACCUGCCACCACUCUAGGGACAUCCUCCUCGGCUACUGUCCCAGACACAACCACAGGUGCAACCUCUGCCUCUGCCACCACUUCUGCUUCCCCAACUCCUUUGGCCACCACUGCCACCACUACUGUGACCCCACCUCCCUCGUCCACAGUCCAAGCCGUCACCACAACUGCGACGUCUGCAUCGGCCAUCACUUCUCCAUCCACAACUCAGGGAAACUCUGCCUUGUCCACUGUCCCAGCCAGCACCACCACUGUGACCUCUGUCUCUGACACUACUUCUGUUUCGCCAGCUCCUGUGGCCACAACUGCCAUUACCACUGUGACCUCAACUGCCACAAUGCAAGGGCCCUCUUCCACAUCCACUGUCCGAGCCAGUACCACAGGGGUGACCUCUGACUCUGCCACCAGUCCUGUGGCCAUCACUGCCAGCACCACCGUGACCUCACCUGGCAUAACUCAGGGGACCUCGACCUCUUCCACUGUCCCAGCCAUAACCAUAGGGUUGACCUCUGCCUCCGCCACCACUGCUGCUUCCCCGACUCCUGAGGCCACCACUUCCACCACCACCGUGACCUCACCUGUAACGAUUCAGGGGACCUCUUCCGAAGCCCCUGUCCCAGCCAGUACCACGGUGACUUCUACCUCCACC